AUGCUGGGAGAGCACAGGGUACUGGGGAGGAGCGUGGCCCAGGCUGGGCAGAGUCCGACUGAGGCGCUGCAGCUGGAGGCAGUACGACAGCCCAGGGCCUCUGCCAGGGUGGCGACUCCCUGCAGAGAGCAGAUCCACCAGGAAGUGCAGGAUUACUAUGGCAAAGAGCUGCAGAAGUCAGAGGACCUCAAAACCAAUGCGUGCAUCACCUCAGCCAGGCCCCUUCCCAAGAUGGUGAGAGAUGCUAUGGAGCACAUCCAUGAGGAGGUGCUGGCCAGGUACUACGGCUGUGGUCUGGUGAUCCCUGAGUGCCUGUCAUCGUGCCAGAUUCUGGACCUGGGCAGCGGCAGCGGCAGGGACUGCUAUCUGCUGAGCCAGCUGGUCGGGGAGCAGGGCCAUGUCACCGGGAUAGAUAUGACCGAGGGCCAAGUCGAGGUGGCAAAGAAGCACAUUGCCUACCACAUGGAUAAGUUUGGCUACCGAAAGCCAAAUGUGGAGUUCUUCCAUGGUUACAUGGAGAAGCUGGGUGAUGUCGGACUGGCUGACGAGAGCUACGAUAUUAUCGUCUCCAACUGCGUGGUCAACCUUGCCCCUGACAAGAGGGCUGUGCUGCAGGAGGCCUUCCGUGUGUUAAAGCCCGGGGGAGAGAUGUACUUCAGUGACAUCUAUGCCAGCCAGCGCCUGAGCGAGACCAUCCGGAAGCACCGGGUGCUGUGGGGAGAAUGCCUGGCAGGAGCCUUGUACUGGAGAGACCUGUACAGCAUUGCUGAGGAGGUGGGAUUCAGCCCCCCAUGCCUGGUCACAGCCAGCCCUAUCACCAUUGGCAACAAGGAGCUGGAGGCCAUCGUCGGCAACUGCCGCUUUGUUUCUGCAACUUUCCGCCUGUUCAAGGUGCCAGGUGGCAGCUGUGCCGGGCCAGGACAGGUCAUCUACAAUGGUGGGAUUGUGGGGCACGAGCAAGAGCUGGUGUUUGAUGCCAACUUCACUUUCAAGGAAGGAGAGGUGGUGGACGUGGAUGCUGAGAUGGCUGCAAUCUUGCAGAGCUCCAGGUUUGCGGAGGAGUUCCUGAUCCGAGCUGGCGGAGCCAACGCUGCAGCACUGCAGGGCUGCUGUGGCAAGGGAGUGAAGGAGAAGAUCCGUGAUCCCUUCCAGCUGCUGGAGCGCCUGACAGCCCCAGGUCCUGCCUGCUAUCCUGGUGGCACCUGUGGUCCCCCAGGGUGCUGCUGA